CCCCCCUCCUGCCGCAGACUCGACAUCAGCCUCGCCUAUCUCUGUCUGUGACGAACAGAACCUGACUGGACCGGGACCGGACCGGAGCGCCAUGACGGAAACCAGCAAGACGCACGUCAUCCUGCUGUCCUGCGGCAGCUUCAACCCCAUCACCAAGGGACACAUCCAUAUGUUCGAAAAAGCCAGAGAAUAUCUGCACAAAACGGGACGCUUCAUUGUGAUUGGAGGAAUCAUCUCACCUGUUCAUGACUCCUACGGAAAACCGGGCCUGGUGUCGAGUCAGCAUCGCCUCACCAUGUGUCAGCUGGCCGUCCAGUCGUCUGACUGGAUCAGGGUGGACCCCUGGGAGAGUUACCAGGACACCUGGCAGACCACCUGCAGCGUGUUGGAGCAUCACCGCGACCUCAUGAAGAGAGUCACCGGCUGCAUCCUGUCCAACGUCAACACGCCCUCCACCACGCCUGUGAUUGGUCAACCACAGAACCAGACUCCGCCCAUCUACCAGGACCGCAACAACAUGAACCACAAGCCCACAGCCAUCAAGCUUUGGGGGAAGAUCAGCGAGAGUCUGGGGAAAAUCUGCUGCGCCCGGCCCAACAUGGAGCGCUUCACGUUUGUCGAUGAAAACGCCAACCUGGGGACGGCGGUGAGGUACGAGGAGAUCGAGUUACGCAUCUUGCUCCUGUGUGGCAGUGAUCUCCUGGAGUCCUUCUGCAUCCCUGGCCUGUGGAAGGACAGUGAUAUGGAGGUGAUCGUGGGCGACUUCGGGAUUGUGGUUGUUCCUCGUGACGGCGUGGACACGGAGAGGAUCAUGAACCAUUCCUCCAUCCUGCGCAAAUACAAGGACAACAUCAUCGUGGUGAAGGACGCCACCAACCAUCCCAUGGCCAUCGUCAGCUCCACCAAGAGCAGACUGGCCCUGCAGCACGGCGACGGACACGUGGUGGACUACCUGAGUCAGCCCGUCAUCGACUACAUCCUGCAGAGCCAGCUCUACAUCAACGCCUCGGGAUAGAGGCGCUGCAUGAGAAUGAGGACGAGGUGUGGGGGGGGGGGGGGGCUGGACAGCUGCCAUCUAUAGAAACCCCCCCCCAGCUGAAACCUUUCUGUCUUCUGUGUCCACAUGUAGUCUUCUUCAGCUCUCCAGGCGGAGCUUUAGUGUCCCUCCCUCUGUGUGACGUGACUUUACCUUCAGGGGUUUCUUUCCGUUUAGCGAUGCAUGACAUCUGAGCAUGCUCAGUGCGCACCGUGUCCCCGUCUGAGCCAGCGUGAAGACAUCAGGGUCUGCCGCCUUCACGCCACUCUUCAGCUUGUUGCUCCUUGGCUGACGCAGACCUGAAGGAUUCCCUCUGAGGCUAAAACACUUCUCUGAUUUCUUCUGAUCCACACAAUUUAAUCGGAAACCUGCUGCAAACUUUAGAUUCAGAUCAUUUUGCUAAGAUUUCUAUCCAGUGUUGGAGAGUCCAUCUGUUUGUGGUUCAUCUUCUCAGCUUUAGUAGUUUUGUUCCAUCUAUCUUCUUCCUGGCCGCCUCCACGGCUCUCGCUGAGGAUCUGACGGUAAAGAUGUGAGCUCAGCGUGGGCCAGACCCUCUAAAUUCAGUGACUGUCAUGUCUGAUCUGAGCGCAGCUGCCAGAACCGACCGACAGCAGACAAUCAGUUCAUCAACCCACAAAGUUUCACUCUGCUGUUUUUCUUUAGAGCCCUUUCACAAAAUGUGUCUGUAACAUUUACUCUUGUAGAAAACCCACAGAGAGGCAGUAAAA